CUUCAUUAUGAGCAGUAAUAAUUUUUCAUUCUACUUGGACAAAACUAAAAUUGUGUAUAAUCUUGUUUUCACAUUGGUGGUCAUCUUUAAUUGUAUUGAAAUAAGUUCGCAAAAAGGCCAGGUCAACCAUGACCGAGCAACAUCUCCUCCACCAGUUCCUUUUUCUAUGCAGAGGUUAGAUACAGACGGAAAAUACACAUUUCCUGCCGAUGCAAAACUUCUAUAUCGUGAAGAUAGACGUCGACGUAAACCCAAGUAUUUCCCUAUACCAGCAAACAAGGAAUUUAAAGUACUAGCUAGUGAUUUUUUUGAAGCCUUUGGAUUUUGGCUAGUAAAUGAAAAGCAUCCACAAGGUGUUUUUAAAACAAUAUAUACGAAAUCUGAUGUACUGGGGGCAAUAAAAAUGACACACAUCCAUACCGUUAGACCCCUUCUGCCGAAUGAAAUCACCUACUUGAAUUACGAACGUACUUCGAAAAUCAGCCACAUAAAUCAGGAUCGACGUGUAACUCCUUUACCAGUUCCUUUUUCUAUGCAAAGGUUAGAUACGGAUGGAAAAUACACAUUUCCUGCUGAUGCACGACUUUUAUAUCGUGAAGACAUACCUGGACGUGAACCACAUUUCUUUCCUAUACCAACAAACCAGGAAUUUAGAGUACUGGCUAAUGAAUUUUUUGAAGCCUUUGGAUUUUGGCUAGUUAAUCGAUAUCAUCCACAUGGUGUUUUUAAAAGAAUUUACACGCAACCUAAUGUACUGGGGUCAAUUAUGAUGACACACUUCCAUACCGUUAGACCUCUUCUGCCAAAUGAAAUCAACUACGUGAACCGCGAACGUACUUCGAAAAUCAGCCACAUAAAUCAGGAUCGACGAGUUACUCCUUUACCAGUUCCUUUUUCUAUGCAAAGGUUAGAUACGGAUGGAAAAUACACAUUUCCUGCUGAUGCAGGACUUUUAUAUCGUGAAAACAUACGUGGACGUGAACCACAUUUCUUUCCUAUACCAACAAACCAGGAAUUUAUAGUACUAGCUAACGAAUUUUUUGAAGCCUUUGGAUUUUGGCUAGUUAAUCGAUAUCAUCCACAUGGUGUUUUUAAAAGAAUCUACACGAAACCUAAUGUACUGGGGUCAAUUGUGAUGACACACUUCCAUACCGUUAGACCCCUUCUGCCAAAUGAAAUCAACUACGUGAGCCGCGGUAAAUGA